CCUCUCCCUCCCCCGCUGACCUGACCAGCUAACUCCCUCUGUCCUCCAGGAAUUAGUAGAAGCUGCCCCUUGGUGGAGUCCUCCCAGACUCCCCUUCUUGGUGCCACCCUAGGGACUGAUAUCUUGCCUCACUCCCCAGCACACCCUGCGCUUUGGACAUAUUUACAUAGUACUCAUUGUCCUAAAUGGCUGAAUCUUGUCAGCAAAAUGCUUUUGGGUAGUGGUUGCUCUUCCUGAAAAACCAUUCCCUUCAUCUGGGAAACUGGACCACAAAGGAUAUCUGUCCAUCUUUUAGGCUUAGCUCUGACGUCACCACUUUGCUCAUCAAACAUUUAUUGGGCACUGGCAUCAGACGCUGAGCUAAAGGCUGGAAUUACCCUGAUGCUGCUCACAGUGCACUGAGCUGGACCAGAUCUGCAUUUCUUUUGACGAAGGCAAAACCACAAUGAACUUUGUGGAGGCAGCACUGCUGAUCCAGGGCUCUGCCUGUGUCUACAGUAAGAAGGUUGAAUACCUCUACUCGCUGGUCUACCAGGCCCUCGAUUUCAUCUCUGGCAAGAGGCGGGCCAGGCAGCUCUCAGUGCAGGAAGACGGGACCAGUAGGGACGCCAGCUCCAGGGCCUCCCGGCAGGUGGAGGAUGAGUUCCUGUCACUGGAUGACCUGCCUGACACCCGUGCUAAUGUGGACCUGAGGAGUGAGCAGGCCCCCAGCGAGGUCGUCAUCGCCCCUCUCCUGCCUAUGGCCCUGGUAGCCCUGGAUGAGACAGAGAAAAACAACAACCCCCUGUACAGCUGUCAGGGGGAGGUCCUGGCCAGUCGGAAGGAUUUUAGGAUGAAUACGUGCAUCCCUCACCCCCGAGGAGCCUUCAUGUUGGAGCCGGAGGGCUUGUCCCCCAUGGAGACACUGCUGCCGAGGAGGGAGGCUGGGAGGGCUGAGGAGCAGCCAAUGGAAGUCUCUGUGAUCAGGAGUUCGGUCCCUGUGCCCAGCAUCUCCCCGGAGCCAGGCACCUCUCCAGAAGGCCCGAUGCCCGGAGGUGGGGGUGAGGAUGAUGAUGCAGAAGGGGCGGCAGAGCUCCCUGAGGCCAUGGCCCCUGAGGUCCCUCUGGAGCCCCAGGAGCCCAGGAGCCCGCAGCAGAGCACUGUCCAGCCGAGGAGGUUCGAGCUGCGGGAGAGGCGGGAGGCCAUGGAGCCUGUGUCCCAGCUGAAGGAAACUCCAGACCCCUGGCAGAGCCUGGACCCCUUCAACUCCCUGGACUCUAAGCCCUUCAAGAAAGGUAGGCCCUACUCUGUGCCCGCCUGCGUGGAGGAGGCUCCAGGACAGAAGCGCAAGAGGAAGGGUGCCACCAAGCUUCAGGACUUCCACCAGUGGUACCUGGCCACCUAUGCUGACCAUGCUGACAGCAGGAGGCCCCGGAGAAAGGGCCCGUCCUUUGCAGACAUGGAGGUUCUGUACUGGAAACACGUGAGGGAGCAACUGGAGACCCUCCGGAAACUGCAGAGGAGGGAGGUAGCUAAGCGCUGGCUGCCGAGGGCCCAGGAGGGGCUGUGGCCUGUAGAGGAGGACCGCCUGGAGGACUCCCUGGAGGAACUGGGGGCAGCAGCAGAUGACUUUCUAGAGCCCGAAGAGUAUGCAGAGCCCGAUGGGGCAAAGCCCGGGGAAGCUGCAGACCUGGAAGCAGAGGCCAUGCCAGCAUCCCUGAGCUAUGAGGAGCUGGUCCGAAGGAAUGUGGAGCUCUUCAUCACCACAUCUCAGAAGUUCGUCCAGGAGACGGAGCUGAGCCAGCGAGUCAGGGACUGGGAGGACAGCAUCCAGCCCAUGCUCCAGGAGCAGGAGCAGCAUGUGCCCUUUGAUAUCCACAUUUAUGGGGACCAGAUGGUCUCAAGGUUUAGUCAGCUCAAUCAGUGGUGUCCCUUUGCAAAGUUGGUGGCUGGCCAGCCUGCCUUCGAGGUGUGUCGCGCCAUGCUGGCCUCCCUGCAACUGGCCAAUGACCACACAGUAGAGAUCACCCAGCAGCCGGGGCUGGAGGCAGCUGUGGACACCAUGUCCCUAAGGCUGCUCACACAUCAGCGGGCCCACAAGCGUUUCCAGACCUACGCCGCCCCCUCUAUGGCUCAGCCCUGAGUGGGAGCCCUGACCCCAUGGAUGUUGGGCACACACCUGCUCACUCCACGCUUGCUUCCUGGCUGGCCCAGCCUAAUAAAGUGGUGUUGCCAUCCCACCUGUCCCAUUAAAA